CUCAUGGCUUAGUCACACACACAGCCCAGAGAAUUCCACGGGACUAGCCAGCCAUGGCCUGCUAUUGCCACUCCAACGUCGUAUCUGCUGCGAAGGUUGCGUUACCCUCCUCUAGCUAUAGCAAAUGGACUUCUAAGGUUCAUUUUUCAAGGCCAGUUUCAUCUCCUAGCCAACGGGCCAAGAGCACAAUUGUUCGGGCCAGCAACGAAUUUGGAGCUUCAGAUGAUCUCACCAUCACAUUUCCAAAGUCGAAGCUGGUGGUCCCCUACCCCGACCAUGAGGCGAAGGUCUACAUAAGCCGCGAGGAAUCCGCAUCCGAUGUGGCGUCCGCGGUGGCGGAGUACAUUCAGCGGCUUUCAGCAGAGGCAACGAAGGCCAGGGGUGCAUUUACGAUUGCGCUUUCUGGGGGCUCCCUGGUCAAUGCUCUACUGAAGCUUGCUGACGAGCCCUUCAGGUCGUCGAUAGAUUGGAAGAAUUGGCAUGUCCUGUGGGUGGAUGAGCGUGCGGUGAAGCUUUCGAGCCCUGACAGUAACUACAAGCUCGCGAUGGAUGAGGUGCUAUCGAAGGUUCCAAUCCCAGAGGAGCAGAUUUAUUGCAUUGACGACGAACUGACUGUCGUGGAAGCUGCAAGCGAUUAUGAGGAACUGAUGAAAGAGCUUGUUGAGGAGGGCGUCCUCAGAAGAACACAGGGCGUGCCAUUUCCUCGCAUCGACCUGAUUCUUCUUGGAUUCGGUCCUGAUGGCCAUGUGGCUUCACUCUUCCCCAACAGCCCUCUUCUGUGUGAAACAUCAAGAUGGGUGCUUCCUGUCACCAACUCGCCAAAACCACCUCCAGAACGGAUCACCAUGACACUCCCUGUCAUCAACUGUGCUUCAAAUGUUGGUUUCGUUGCAGCCGGGAAGGGAAAAGCAGAGGUGGUGCAGAGGAUUUUCGGGAGGCUUGCUUUACCAGGCGCACUGCCCGCUCAGCUGGUUCGUCCCUACAGUGGAUCAAUCACCUGGUUUGUGGAUUCAGCUGCAGCUUCGAAGCUGCCUGUGUAGCCCUGCAUAGGCUCCUAAGAAGCAACACCGUUCUGAAGUGGAUUUUACAAGGCUAAUCCAGU